AUGGUCAAGGUUCAAGAAGCUAUUCAUCAUGGCAUAAUUGCCGCAGAGUUUCUUUCAAACACUAAACGAGUUGCCCAGGCUAUCGAGCUGUGGAACGAGUGCUUAAUACUACUAAACAACAGAACCUUAGAAAACGAACAUGAACUUGCCACAAUAGGGAGUAUAGCGCUGUAUAAGAGGUUGUUUUAUGGAAAUGCUGCUAUUACGAAACUUUCACCAGCUAUAGAAUCUGGCAAAAAGCUUUUAGUCCUACUUCGUAAUUGUCAGAGAAAAAAUGAAGAGGGUGACACAGCCUUGAUGUUAUCAACACUGUACUUCCAAAAAAGUGAAUACCAGGAAGCUCAAGCAGUCCUUAAAAUUGCCCUCUGCGUUUACAAAGAAAUCGAAGACAAAGACAGACAAGCGACAUGCUACGUAAACCUAGGAUCUGUGUUUCUAUCUGUCGGAGAAUAUGCCAAAGCUGAAGAAUAUCUUCAUAAAGCACUUACCAUCAACACAGAAAUUGGCGACAGAAACGGAGAAGCAACAUGCUACGGAAACCUAGGAAAUGUGUUUCAAUCUGUCGGAGAAUAUGCCAAGGCUGAAGAAUAUCUUCAUAAAGCACUUACCAUCAAGACAGAAAUUGGCGAUAGGAAGGGAGAAGCGACAUGCUACGGAAACCUAGGAAGGGUGUUUCAAUCUGUCGGAGAAAAUGCCAAGGCUGAAGAAUAUCUUUAUAAAGCACUUACCAUCAACACAGAAAUUGGCCACAGAAAGGGAGAAGCGACAUGCUACGGAAACCUAGGAAAUGUGUUU